ACCUUGUGAGUUUCCGGAAGUUAGAGUAUCUAUGGUGACGCUUACUGUGGUAAAGUUCGCUGUUGCUGCGAUUGAGAGAGCUUGAUACAGAUAUCAUGUCGGAACCGCAAGAAGAUGCAGCUCCUGCUGCAGCUUCAGAGGGUGGAGAAGAAAAGCCAGGAAGCAGAGCAGAAGGAGCACAAGAAGAUGGCAAAAGUGGAACAGGGAAAUCACAGGGCAACUCAAAGCAGCCAUCGAGAUCUCCAUCUGUCACAUCGGAGAAAAGUCAAGACAAUGCUAAGAAAGGGAUGGAUGAAAUUGAGCCUGAUGAAAAUGCUCAGGAUAACAAGGUUGGAGAUUGGAGGAAUAUGAGGCGAAUAAUUGCAGAGGAUCCUGAAUGGUCGCUUGCUACUGUCCCUCUUCUAAACGAACUGGUUGUCAAACACAUUGUAGCAAAUUUUGAAAAUAAUUCAAACGUAUUGAAGGAUCUGCUCACAAAGCACCAAAAGAAAGUCUUGGAGAAGAUUUCCACUGACUUACCCUUGAAAGUGACAGCUUUACUCGUUGACGAUGAGGGAUUUUGGCAAAGGUGUUGCAAAGCCCGUUGGGAAAUUUGUGAUGUUUCAGCAUAUGGCCAGAGUUGGAAAAGAAUGUACUUUGAGAAGAAUUUACAACAGAUUAUUGAGCUGUUUGUUCCGGAGACAACAGACCCAGCUCAGCUAGAUGAAACCCUAGCUCUGUCUGCAAAUUUCAUUAAAAAACUGGAUAUCCGCCAGCUCCUCCCGCCUGUGAGGGAGGCUCCAAAGGGCCCAGAUUUUGAUGAUGUUUCUGAUGCAGGAAGUGAUACUGGUGAUGAGCCAGAAUGUGAUCAUUUCAACUUUGGGCCUGUCCUAAAGCAGCUUCCUUACCUGGAAGAACUCCACCUCACAUAUGGUGUAAGAGACUGUGGCAUGAACUUUGAGUGGAGUUUGUUUCAGUUCACAGCUAGAGACUGUCUUCAACUUUCACAGUGUGUUGCUGCAUGCAAAACUUUGAAAGUGUUCAGACUUCAUCGCAGCAAGGUUGAUGAUGACAAGGUAAGAGUUCUCAUAAGUCACAUACUGGAUCACCCUGGGAUGAUUGAGCUUGAUUUGUCUCACAACAUCAUCGGAGACCGAGGCGCCCGUGCAGUGGGUAAAUUCUUGAACAACCACAGCCAACUGGUGAAACUGAACCUGUGUGACAACCAGAUUAGAGUUCCAGGAGCUCAAGCCAUUGCUCAUGCCCUCACCAAAAAUAACUUGCUACAGUACUUGAAUCUGAGGCUGAAUCGUCUUGGUGACGAAGGGGGCCAAGCAAUCAGUAGAGCACUUUUGAAGAACAGGACCCUUGUGGAGAUUAACCUUGGAUCAAAUGACCUAGUUGAACCAACAGCUGCUAUUUUAUCUCAAGUUGUGAUGCAGAACCAAGUCCUCAGGUCCAUUGACUUGUCUUGCAACAGGCUUGGCCCAGAUGGAGGUAAACAACUGCAAGAAGGAAUGGAAGACAACACAACAAUUAUUCACAUGGACCUCAGACUGACAGAGUCCGGACAAGAGUCAGAAUAUUGUAUCAACCAGAUUCUGCACAGAAACCAGGAAGCUGACAGAGAACACAGGAUCAAAGACAGUGAGGCUGCCAAUGCUGUGUAUAAGAAGACAGCAAUAGAACCCCAAGCCGCCCAUCGCUAUCAGUUGCCUCCUACAGCGAUUAUUGCUUGAAUGUCCAGAAUAUUUAUUUGUGUAAUGAUUAGAGAGGUAAAGACAGAUAACACAUGAACAGAUGUAUAGAAUGAUCACGUGUAUUCACAAGAUAUAAGCAAACUGAGUUCGCCUCUUAUUAUUAAUUCUCUUGAUGUUAGAGUUUCCACUUGGGGUGGGGGAGGGAGGGGGGGUGGAAGAAGAAUGUGAAUCUUUUGUUGAACUAUCAUUCUUUUAAACUGUUCUUCAACACACUUAUAUUUUAAGAAAUUAAAAUAAUGUGUAUACUUUUAAAAUACGAUGUGAAUUCGUAUAGUCUAGCAGUCUUUUUGCCCUUCUUGUACAUUCUGUGCUGUGUAUUUUUUUUUUUUUAAUUUAUUUAAAAAAUCCUGAAGGGUUAAUUAAUUGAAAGAAUCUGAAAACUUAGUUAUUAUGUAUGCUCUAUGCUUUAAAAACAAACAAACAGGUAAACCCAGAGUCAUAAUAAAAAUGGACAUUCUAAACCUGAUAAUGCUGAACUAAGCUGAAUAAUGUGAUAUUAGAAAUUGUGUUGAUCUAUGUUUAUGUGGAUGGUAUUGGAACAAUAGGCUACACCUGUAUAUUUUAGAAAUUGACUCAACUGUGUCCAAUAGAAGGACGGGAGAGAUUGUUUGUACAGUAUAAAGUUGAAUUGAUUAAAGCCACUGAAAUUCUAUCAAGUCUUCGUGCCCUAACAAUAUGAGUUAUUCUACUGUAAAUAUACCCUCAGAGCCUAUACUUCAUUCCAUGGUUUUGUAACUCUUACUUUUUGUUAAUUAAGCGAAAAGGUAUGUGAAAAUAGUUUGCCUCAUAUGGAUGGUGAAAAUAAACUGUGCACUAUCAUUA